AUGAUUUAUAGCGAGAUCUGUGAUGGUUUGCUGACCUCUGGUGGUGUGUUUGCUGAUUCAGGUGUAGUGAAGUCAGUGAUGAAGGGAGAUUCAGUCACUCUGGAGUCUGGUGUUGCUGAACUACAGCCAAAAGAUGCGGUAAAGUGGAGUUUUGGAAAUGAAAAGACAAAUUCUAUAGCUCGGAUCAAUAAAGAAGCUAAAAUCUUCUCCACAUCUGAUGGUGAUGCUGUGGGAUUCAGAGACAGACUGAAGCUGGAUCAUCAGACUGGAUCUCUGACCAUCAUGAACACCAGAACAACAGACUCUGGAGUUUAUCAAAUAACCAUCAGUGGCGAGACAACGCACACAUGCACAUUCAAUGUUACUAUAUACACUUAUCUGCCUGUUCCUGUCAUCACCAGUAAUUCCUCCUCAUCUUCAUCAGUGCAGAAUUGUUCAGUGUUGUGUUCAGUGGUGAAUGUGAACGCUGUGAGUCUCUCCUGGUACAAAGGAAACAGUUUAUUGUCCAGCAUUAGUGUGUCUAAUGUCAACAACAGCUUGUCUCUAGAUCUGAAGUGUCUGGAUGAUUCCUACAGUUGUGUGGUCAACAUUUCAAAUACCAAACAGACCACACAUCUCACCAACACUGAACUCUGUCAACCAUGUCCAGCCACCACUAUCAAUUCUUCACAACGGCCUUUACUCACUACAAUAUCCUCAAAAAGUGAACAUCUUAACAUCACUGAGCUCUGCCAGACACAAGCAGUACACGCCAGCGGUUGUGAUUCUGCUGAAGCUGUGCUCCGAUUGGUCGUCACUAUAGUGAUGGGCGUGGCUGCUGCGGCUGCUGUUGUUCUUCUGGUCAAUGACAUCAGAUAUACAAGAGCUUCAAUGACGAAAACAGGAGAUUUAUCAUAAAUAUCAAGAUACAUGCUGGAGUUUUAUUAUGCUAAGAAGGAAAUAUAACUGAUGGAAGGAUUACUUGAUCAUAGUCCUUUUAAAUACGAUCCAUCUGGUGGUCAAAACCAUAGACUAAAAAAUGAUGGACGUAGUGUCUGUGAUGUCACCCAGAGGUUUCUGAAGAGCACAAAUGAAGCUACGGGUGUUGUUUUUGGAUUUUUGAUGUAACAAAAGCAAUAGCUUGUUAUUAAUCUUUUGAUGAUAAUUACAAAGUUCCAUAUUCACAGAUGCAAAUUUACCAACCAUAAACCCUUUUAUCCUACUAUACUUAAAGAAUCAAAACAUUAUACAAACAACACAGUACCAAUAAAAAACAAUUCUGCCACUGAAAAGAAAUACAGAUCCUAUCGUGCAUGUCUAACACACACACCAGUUCCAGUUCCCUCCCUGAUUGUACACACACACACACACACGAUUGUUUUUGUGAAAAGGGGGUACGUUACAUAGGUUUCCAUUCAAUUUAAGCAGCACACACCGUGUAUUGUAUUGCCCUCACCCCACCCUACUCCUAAACCCAUCCAUCACAGGAGACUGUGUACAGCUUUACUCUC